GUGUCUUCCCGAUUAAAGGUGGUUUCUAAAAUAAAGAUGGCAACGUCUCACAAUCAAUUGGAUUAUGUUUAGACACAGUCUCCACUAUCAGCAUCUGACUCAUGCACGUUUUCCAUCCUUCUGAUUUGAUUCUUUUUUUUCACACGUGAAUAUUCAUUUCGACAGUGAUGAUGAGAAACGUCCUGUCCUGGUUGUUACUGCUAUUGUCGGUGCUAAUAUCUCUGAGCGAUGUUAACGCAUAUCCGAAACUAGACUUCCUUGAAAGUAAGAAUGGCCAUCAGCGAGGACUCAAAGAUUUGUCAUGGGCAUCCUUCGACCAAUUAGAAGAGAACAAUCGCGCACCCCGAGAGAAGGUUCUGAAAAAAAUACAAGAGAUUCUCGGUAUUCGGAAUCAGAGUGAGAAUCUGGCCCAUCACAAAGUACCGCAAUUCAUGAUGGAACUCUAUAAUACCGUCACCGAUUCCAGCGGAAACACGCAAAGCCAGAAUCCCUACAACGCUAAGCUCGUGCGCAGUUUCAUCGAAAGGGACACUUCCCUACCGAACUUCUAUUUCUUCAACGUCUCGGGUCUGGAGAUAAACGAAUCGGUACUGGGGGCCGAGCUACAUCUUUAUCGGAAAAAAACGCCAAUGGAGAAUUUUCCUUCAUAUCCUUAUUAUCUGAUAAGACUGUAUCAAAUCUUGGACGACCGCAGCCUAGACGCGCCGAAUCUUCACAAAUUGCUAGAUGUUUAUUAUGUUGGUGUGCACGCUUUCGGUUGGCAGGUGUUCGACGUAACACAAGCCGUUCUCGCAUGGUUGAACGGCGAGCCAAAUCUGGGCCUUCUGGUGACGGUAUCGAAUCUGUUCGAGAACAAAGUGUCAGUAGAAUUUUCUCGUCGAAACGAUUAUCAUCACAACAAGCAGCCAAUAUUGGUGCUCUUCGAUGAUGUUAACAGCAAUCAUAAUCGAUCCAGCAAACCUUCGUAUUACACUUACGGAAAUCAGGACGACAAAGAGGACCGCGAGGUAGAGGAAGAGAGCAAGGAAGAAGAGAGUGAGGAGAAGGAAGAUUACAAGGAGGAGAAGAAAGAAGAUGAAGAGAUUAAUUUGAAAGACGACUAUAACGAGCCGAAGCACUACAGCAGAUUCAAGAGACUAAGAGAAGACGGUCAACCCGAGGAAGUUUUGCUGGCGGAUAACAGGCGCGAGCCAGAAUUCUUCCAGCGGCAAAAAAAGAGACGCGAAAGGAAGAAUAAGGAACGGGAAAAGAAUGAACCUGACGAUUACGACGAUUCUCAAGAUCAGGAAUCGGAAACAUUGACGUUAGGAGCGGCGAUGAGGCGUCAUCGUCGCGAUGUCGCGUCACCCAAGAAGCACAUCGCCAGAAUCGUGUCGAAGAAUCACACGAAGAAGAUCCCGAGAAUCUUGACAUCAAUGGAUAUUUACGAGAGGGCGGAGUUUCGCGAGCGGCUAGGUCGGAUGGCGCGUAAUCAAUCGAUUACAAGACAGCGUCGUUCGGCGGAUAAUGAAAACACGAUAACGAUACAACCGAAUACGACCGAGACAUGCACGAGACACGAGCUCUACGUCGACUUCCAGGAUAUCGGGCUGUCCUCGAUAAUCGCGCCGCCCGGCUACUCCGCUUAUCAAUGUAAGGGUGUGUGCGAAUCACCUCUCAGUCAGGAUCAACGGCCGACGAAUCACGCGACGAUACAGGCGAUCGUGCACAAAGUGGGCCUGGUGAAGGAUGUCGAGAAACCCUGCUGCGUGCCGAUCAAACUGGAGAGUAUCAGCAUCCUCUUCUUCGACAGCGAGAACGUCGUGCUCAAGAACUACGAGGACAUGGUCGCGGAACGUUGCGGAUGUCGUUAAGCAACGAUUUUCUCGUGAAUCCCGAAUCUGAUCGCAGAGAGACAUGAUUAAAUGUUGCGAGAGGAAACGGUGGUAUUUAAAAAAUAGAGGGGACCGGGCAUCGACAUAAAUAGAGAAAUCUCGAUAAAUGUAAAUCUGACAAAAUUAUAUACUGUAAUGUAUAAUAUAAAAAUUCUUUUAUGUUUUUAUAAUUGGCAUAAAAUAAUGAGUUAAUCAUUUAUAAUCGCUGAUGUUUCCUCUUUUUAUUGCAAAUUAUUUCAUAUACAAUCACACCUAAAAAGUUAAGGAAGUAGCUGGUUUUUAAUGUAAAUAGUUACACUGUUGGCUGAUCGUAUUGUUCUUUAAUUUUUCUGUAAUUCAAUUAUUUAAGGGAUUUCAGUACACAAACUAAAACUCUUUGUAUUAUUAAUCAUUGCCUUCAACACGGAGAGUUCUCUUAGCACUGUCAUUUUCAGAGAGAUUUAUUCGAAUUCUUAAAUCGAUAUGCUAUAACACAGCUACUUGUAUAUAAGAACAUUCCCAAGAGCGUAUGACACGCGGUGUGUGUAUUAACGAGUAUAUAUAUGUAUGUAUAUCUAUAUUAGUACUAUUUAAGUCGUAGCGCCGUUAAAUUAUGAUCGAAUCUGAAUGAAGGAUUAGACAUUAGACUGUCCAACUAUGUACAUGUAUAUAACGCGCGUUUCGCCGAAUUUAUUUAUAGCCAAGCGAGAGCACAAAAACAAAAUAUAUAAUAUUUUAGCCACGU